CGGCGAGGACUCCGCUGUCUGCGGGGGCCACGGCCUCGCAUCAGCUGCAUCGAUUUAGCGCGUUAGUGGCCCGCCGGAGCAGAAGGCGGCUUCCCGGGCGGCGCAGCAGCGCCCGAGCCUCGGGCUACUCUGCAGCCGGGGAAGAGGGGGGAGGGGAGAGGGGGAGGGGCGCCCCCCCCCUCCGGGGCGCAGGGGGCGGGCGUGCGGGCACACGCGGUGCGCGGCGGGCGGGGGUGGCCACCGCGCUGCGCGGCCGGGGCGAUCAGGGAGCCGCCCACUUCGCCGCCCCGGGCCCCGACGGCCGGAGCUUGGAUGCGGCGGCGCCCGCCGAGCCGCGGCGGACGCGGGGUGGCCCGGGCCGGGGACACGCGCCGGUAGCCCCGGCACUGCAGCGGCGGCAGGAUGGCUGAGGCCAUCGGCUGUACGCUGAACUGUAGUUGCCAAAGCUUCAAGCCAGGGAAAAUAAACCACCGUCAGUGUGAGCAGUGCAGACAUGGAUGGGUGGCCCACGCUCUAAGUAAGCUGAGGAUUCCCCCCGUGUAUCCAACAAGCCAGGUGGAGAUUGUCCAGUCCAAUGUGGUGUUUGAUAUUAGCAGCCUCAUGCUCUAUGGGACCCAGGCCAUCCCUGUUCGCCUGAAAAUCCUCCUGGACCGGCUCUUCAGUGUGUUGAAGCAAGAUGAGGUCCUCCAGAUCCUCCACGCCUUGGACUGGACCCUCCAGGAUUACAUCCGUGGAUACGUGCUGCAGGAUGCAUCAGGAAAGGUGUUGGAUCACUGGAGCAUCAUGACCAGUGAGGAAGAGGUGGCCACUUUGCAGCAGUUCCUUCGUUUCGGAGAGACCAAGUCCAUCGUUGAGCUCAUGGCAAUUCAAGAGAAAGAAGAGCAGUCCGUCAUCAUCCCACCUUCCGCGAACAUAGAUAUCAGGGCUUUCAUUGAGAGCUGCAGCCACCGGAGUGCCAGCCUACCCCCUCCUGUGGACAAAGGAAACCCCAGCAGUAUACACCCCUUUGAGAACCUCAUAAACAACGUGACCUUCAUGCUGCCUUUCCAGUUCUUCAACCCUGUACCUCCUGCACUGAUAGGGUCAGUGCCCGAACCCUAUGUCCUGGAGCAGGGUCAGAACCAAAGUCAGGACCCCAAGCAGGAAAUCCAUGGACCCUUCCCCGACAGCAGCUUCUUAACUUCCAGUUCUAGCCCAUUUCGGGUUGAAAAAGAACAGUGUCUAAACUGUCCAGAUCCUGUUACUAAAAAGGAAGACAGUGCCCAUUUAAGUGACUCCAGCUCAUACAACAUCAUCACAAAGCUUGAAAGAACACAGCUGUCCCCGGAGGCCAAAGUGAAGUCCGAGAGGAACAGCCUCGGCACAAAGAAGGGCCGGGUGUUCUGCACAGCAUGUGAGAAGACCUUCUAUGACAAAGGCACCCUCAAGAUCCACUACAACGCCGUCCACCUGAAGAUCAAGCAUAAGUGCACCAUCGAAGGCUGUAACAUGGUGUUCAGCUCCCUGAGGAGCCGGAACCGCCACAGCGCCAACCCCAACCCCCGGCUGCACAUGCCAAUGAACAGAAACAACAGGGACAAAGACCUGAGGAACAGCCUGAACCUGGCUGCUUCUGAGAACUACAAGCACUCGGGUUUCAGGGUGACCUCUCCAGACUGUCGGCCUCUCCCUGGCUACACUGGUUCAGGGGAGGAUUCCAGGAGCCAACCAGCCUUCCCCAGCAUCGGCCAAAACGGGGUGCUUUUUCCCAACCUGAAGACAGUCCAGCCAGUCCUUCCUUUCUACCGCAGUCCGGCCACCCCAGCUGAGCUAGCAAACACACCUGGGAUGCUGCCCUCUCUCCCUCUGCUGUCCUCUUCAAUCCCAGAACAGCUAGUUUCCAACGAAAUGCCAUUUGAUGCCCUGCCCAAGAAGAAGUCCCGGAAGUCCAGUAUGCCCAUCAAAAUAGAGAAGGAGGCCAUGGAGAUAGCAGAUGAGAAGAGACACACUCUCAGCUCAGAUGAAGACAUGCCCCUGCAGGUGGUCAGUGAAGACGAGCUGGAGACUUACAGCCCCCGGUCAGACAGAGCCCUGGAGGACCAGCACACACCAUUGGGAAGCUUAGGGAAGCCUCGCCCUGAAGGAGAGAGGCCCUGCCGUCUUGAACCGGUGAUUGAGUCCAGCGGAGCCAUUCGCCAAACUGCCAAGCAGGCCUCACACAGCUCAGAGAGGGAGACUGAGCAGAAAUCAGUGCUGACCUUGGUACCACAGGAUGGGGAGGAUGGUAGCCGUGAACCUCACCUCGCUCCUGGGGUGGAGCCCUGUGUUCCUUUUCCUGACUACGUCAAGCUGCAGCAGCACCUGCUAGCCAGGGGGCUCUUCAGUGCUUUGUCCAACCAAGGGAUGGCUUUUCCUUGUUUUGAAGAUUCCAGAGAGCUGGAGCACUUGGAUCAGCAUGCAUUAGCAAGGCCAAAGGAGGAAAAUCGAUUCCAGUGUGACAUCUGCAAGAAAACCUUUAAAAAUGCUUGUGGUGUGAAAAUGCAUCACAAGAACAUGCAUGCCAAAGAAACACACACGUGCACAGUGGAGGGCUGUAAGGCCACAUUCCCUUCCCGCAGGAGCAGGGACAGACACAGUUCAAACCUAAACCUCCACCAAAAAGUGUUGACCCAAGAAGCGCUGGAGAGUGGUGAAGACCAUUUCCGUGCAGCUUACCUGCUAAAAGAUGUGGCUAAGGAGGCGUAUCAGGAUGUGGCUUUCACACAGCAAGCCUCCCCGACAUCUGUCAUCUUCAAGGGAACGAGUCGGAUGGGCAGCCUGGUUUACCCAGUCACCCAAGUCCACAGCACCGGCCUGGAGAGCUACAACUCUGGUCCGCCAAUAGAGGGCACCAUCCUGGAUCUGAGUACUACCUCGAGCAUGAAGUCAGAGAGCAGCAGCCACUCCUCCUGGGACUCAGACGGGGCAAGCGAGGAAGGCACCGUGCUCAUGGAGGACAGCGAUGGGAACUGUGAAGGGCCAAGCCUGGUUGCCGGGGAGGAUGACUAUCCCCUCUGCGUCCUGAUGGAGAAGGCCGAUCAGAGCCUCGCCAGCCUCCCGUCUGGGCUGCCCAUAACGUGUCACCUCUGCCAAAAGACAUACAGUAAUAAGGGGACCUUCAGGGCCCACUACAAAACUGUGCAUCUCCGCCAGCUCCACAAAUGCAAAGUCCCGGGCUGCAACACCAUGUUCUCGUCCGUUCGCAGUCGAAACAGACACAGCCAGAAUCCCAACCUGCACAAAAGCCUAGCCUCCUCCCCAGGUCACCUCCAGUAACAAGAUGGUGGACCAUGUUUGCUCGGAUCAGCAUUUGUCAUAAUUGAGGUAGAAGGUAGUCCAGAGGAAGUUUCUAACUCUCUUUAAUUACCAUUUGGGGCAAGCGAGGCAAAGAAUAUUUGAGUUGACUUUAUAGUCUUCUACAGGAGGAUGAGCAGAAGACAAGCCUUGUGAGAAGUUGUCAUUGGGGCGGCGCUUCCCGUUAUUUUUCUUAGCCCAAGAGGUUUUUCACUGACGUAACAAAAAUGUGCAGAAACGCAGGUUUCCCCAGAGUUGUUUACACAUCCCCUGGGAGAGCUCCAGGUCUGCAGUUUGACAACAGGGGCCCAGGACCUGGGGGCGGCCUGAAGUGAGGCUUAUAGUAUUAAGGGUCAAUCGAGUGUCCUGGGAUACAAAUUGCCACCACGGGUGACACCAGGAGCCAGUCCCAAAGAUCACAUUUGAGUUCCUGCUUUAAUGAGUCUGAAAUCCAAACUGGAGUUUGAGAAAGUGACUAUUUGAGACUAUCCCUCCGUUUAGAUUGGAGAAUUGCUUUUUUCCCCCGUAACAGUCUCAUGUGUUACUCCAAGGAGUUCUCAAGAGGAAGUGGGUUGGCCUCUACGUAGGAACAUGGAUGUUACCCAGGAUGUUAGUUCUUGCUCUGUAACACAUGUUCAAGAAGCUAGGGGGAAGUACUUCAUGCACUUAAAAACAGCGGUCUUCAAUUUAAUUUAAAAUAAGUUUGCUAAUAUUUAAUUUGUUUUUAUGUUAUAUAUUUGGGGUGAGUGCAGACAUGUCACAUUGUGACCUUUGGGUCUCUGCUCAGAAGCAGAACGAGUGACAACCUAAACUUCAAAACCACUGCCCAUUUUCCUUUGGUGAACUUUGGCGUCUUCAUUUAGAUCCCCUGUGGGAUGAAUGCAGGCGUGAUUCCGGCAGGACCACUUGUAUACAUUCGGCCAAAGCGUUUAGAGAACGUGGUUCUGACGAUUGUUGUGCAUUUGCAGUAUCACUGGAUCCCUCAGUCUUCACCCUUUUAUAAAUGUGUAAGAUUGGGAUGAACUUUUGAAUUUACAUUGUAGAAAGAAAAGUAGACAUUAUUGCCAUAUGGUAUGUCUUAAUAUUUAACUUAUUCUGAAAUAUAUUCUAUACUGUUAUACACGUUUGCUGUUGUAGAAAAGAAGCUUAAUAGGUCCUGUGAAAGGAGACCGUCUCCUGAAAUUCAGCAUUUACAAACCCUAGAAGCCCAUGGUUGGGAAAAAGAAAUUGAUUUUGUAUUAAAACUUUAAGUUAAUCACCUUUUUGAACUCAUGGUUGGUUUGAGUAAUGAAAAACAUCCCUAAAGAGAAUUGGGGAGUUAUGAGAGAUACUGUUCCUCUGGUCCAAAGGUGAAAAAAGCCAAUAACCUGUUAUUGAUUAUUUUAACAUUUUUUUAAAAAUAAAUAUGACAACUUAAAACUUGUCUCUGCUUAAAGUGAGAUUAUCUUUCAACUUUUUUGUUACCCAGCUGUUUAAUAUUCCUUUGUCCCCAAAGUGGAAAAAUUUGUGUACAAAUGAGUUUUCUAUGAUUUAAUAAAAAUAUGACACACUUUUUGUUUAA